AUGUUCAGACUUGGUAUCGGACCAAUGGAUGGUGACACAGAAGUGCUGACGCACAACCUUAUGAAGCCGCCAGCCGCCGUGGACAGCUUCAAUUUGCAUGGAGUGAUCAGUGCAACCCAACAUGGUCAUGUUGAGCAUGUGGAAGCCGCUCUGAAGCAAGGAUUAUCACCAAAUGCCACAGAUGAUGACGGGUGUUCGCUACUUCACUGGGCUGCUAUCAAUAACCGAAUUGAGGUUGCUCGAUUACUCAUCUCCUACAAUGCAGACACAAAUCUUAUUGGAGGAGUUUUGGCAUCAUCCCCAAUCCACUGGGCGGCUAGAAAUGGGCUAGUGGCUAUGUGCGCAAUGCUUGUGAAAGGAGGAGCAGUAUGCAAUGUGAGAGAUGUCCAAGGGUACACACCAAUCCAUUUGGCAAUUCAAGGCAACCACGUCCCUUUGGUGGCCUACUUUUUGCUCAAAUUCGACUAUGCCAAAGAUAUCAGUGAUAAUAGUGGAAUGACGCCGGCCAUGUUAUGUGCCAAAAGAAGUUACACCAUGUUCCCACUCCGAUUGAUUGUCCGAGCUGGUGCUGAUUUGUCUAUCAAAGAGCAUUUCAGUGGGAAUACUGCUCUUCACCUGGCGGCUCAUGAUCGUAAUUCAUCAGCAGUGAUAGAACUUCUGGAGGGAAAAGCAGAUGUCAACAUACGGAAUAAGCAAUCUGAGACACCACUUGACAUGGCGCGAACUAUCAAGAGCCCACAAAUUUUAGAUUUAAUGGAAGAAGCCGCGCGGCGGCAAGGAGUCAGUCGAACGAACUGCUUCCGGAAAGCUUUUGUCCCACCACUCAGCACCUACUUCUUCUUUUUCGUCCCCAUGUUUGGAUUCUUCAUCACGUAUCUCCUCUUCAAAUACUUGCCAUUGAUCGUUGCUACAUUCACCACACUGAUCUCGUGUAUCUUCCUAAUGGUCCUCAUCCGGUUCGAUUAUCAUGACCCGACGUACAAACUUCUUCCUUAUGGUGUCACGAUGGCGGAAGCAGUGCUAAUGGUUUUUUCAUGGUCAGCCUACGCUCAUUGGUACGUGCCAUGGUGGGCUCAGAUGUUAUUCGUGCUCUCCGUCUUGGCUCUUGGAUUCACACUUUUUAGAAUAGGAACGCUGGACCCAGGAGUUGUGCGCGCUCCCAAAAAUUGUCAUCAGCUAUAUGUGAACGAGGCGGAAGCAGGAAUUCAACAUCAGCAAAAGUAUUGUUUCACAUGUUUCAUUCGAAAAAUGGAGCAUACGAAGCAUUGCGCUGUCUGUGGAUUUUGCGUGAACAACUUCGAUCAUCACUGUCCCUGGCUGAAUAGCUGUGUGACACGAAGAAACAUGAGAGAAUUCAUUAUGUUCGUCAUCUCGGUCGCCGUGUCUUCGUUCAUCUACUGCUUGGCGACAAGUCACUAUGCUAUUCUCAAAAUUGAUGAUCAUGGAUUAGAGAAAUUUCUGGAAACUGACGCUUUCCUUAUGAUCACCAUCAUUCUCUCCGCCAUGCAUGCCUUCAUGCUAUCCGUGCUAUUUUGUGUACAAAUGAAUCAGAUUUCACAAGGAGUCACCACCAACGAAAGGAUCAAAGCUCGCCGAGCCGGACAUUCACACACUUCCGAUUACAAUGUGAUCCAUCAUAGGCCGAGUGUCUCAAAACGGUGCCACAACUUGUUGGAAUUCUUUUCAUCGAACGGAGAUCCAAAUUGGUGA